AUGGCUGCCGAUGCUGCCGUAGCUGCCAACGCGGCUAUAGAACGAAGCAUUUGGUGUGACCAACAUCAAAUCUCAUAUCCCUCUCUCAUUCUUGAUUUGGAUGACCACAAUUACGAUGCGUGGAGAGAGCUGUUUAUGACCCAUUGCCUCACUUUUGAUGUUCUCGGCCACCUUGAUGGCACUCUACUUCCCGCCGAUGAUGCCGAUGCUCCAUGGUUCAAGCGUGAUGGAUUAGUGAAACUAUGGAUCUAUGGGACUCUUGCUCAACCAUUGUUUCGCUCUUCCUUUGCAGCAGGGGGGACAGCACGAGAUGUAUGGACCCGAAUUGAAAACCAAUUUCGGAACAACAAGGAGGCUCGUGCAAUUCAGCUUGACAAUGAACUGCGAACAAUGGAGAUUGGCGACAUGACAAUUCAGCAGUACUGUCAAAAACUGAAAUCUUUGUCUGACCGCCUUGCCAAUGUGGAAGCACCUGUAACCGACAGAAAUCUGGUAAUUUACCUUCUUAAUGGUCUCAAUGAGAAAUAUGAUUCCAUUAUGAACGUAAUCAGGCACAAGGAACCCUUUCCCACCUUUGAAUCGGCAAAAUCCAUACUGGAGAUGGAAGAAUCAAGACUCAAGAAGGCACAUCGGCCUGCUGCAACACAUACGGAUCACUCCUCAUCCUCAACUGCUCUCACUGUCUCAGCCCCACUGGUCACCACGGCCAAUCCAACAACACCAGAAGUUCACCAACUAUCGCGGCAACAAGAAGAACAAUUAUCGUGGAAGAGGUAG